AUUAUUACUACUGCUGUAGCCGGAGAUACACGAUCGUAUUCGCAAAAAUAAUAAGAAAAUGUGACUAAAUUACAAAAUAAUUCGUUCGAAAACGAAUCAAAUCAAAGUUUAGGUGCAUUUUUGCUGGCGUAACAAACAAAAUUGAUUGAAAAUGAGCUCAACCGAAGCAGACAAUAUCGAUAAACAAUACAAAAACUAUGAAAUUCUAAGCGACGCUAAGGAAAAAAAAUUUGAGCAUGAAACAGAAUAUCGUGAAAUCAAAUUUAAUGAUAAAUCUGUAUUGGCUGGCAUUUUCAGCAAAAUUUCGUCUAGAGACGAACUCACCAGAGACAGAUACUUCAAAUUUCUUGGAAUUGAGCUUAGGCAGUUAGAAAAAAAGUUAAUCUCCGAUGAGAUUGAAAUAUUCAUCAUUGAUGGGCUCAAACAGAUCCUACAGGAUGUGACAGUCGUUGAAUUCGAAAUUUGUAUGAAUAUUUUGGCUGAAACCAAAUUGGGUACAACGCCCGAAGGAAAAUCCGAAUUAGUUGCAUUGGCUGUUCAACAGGCACACCUCAACGAUGAAAAAGAACCAGUCAUUAUCAAAAAUGAGGAUGUUGAACGCUUCAUUUUGUGUGCUACCCAUGCACUUCCGUAUUUUUCGGCGACGAUUGAAUCAACGCCAUUCAUAAAAUACGCUUGUGAAAAACUAUUCCCUUUGCAUAAAUGGAGACAGAUUGGCGUCCAAGACAGUGAUCGAGAUGCACAACAUUUGCGCGUUUUGAAAAUUGUGGCAGAGAUAAGUGACUUUUGUGGAACUCUCGAUGCUCCAAACGAGAAAAUUCAUGCUAUUUUCAAUGUUCUUCGGGAAUAUAUGCCAAUCAGCGAGGGAGACGAGAAUUCAUCGUUCAAAUUUUCGCAUGCUGAAUGCUUGUUAUACGUCCUACGCAAUGUUGCCAAACAAAGUGUCGAAUAUUUCACAUUCGAUGAUGCAAAGGAGGAAUUCCAAUCAUUGCAGUAUUUGGCUGUUAUCACACAGGGGAAUAUUAAAAAGUUGGAAGACGCUAUCAUAAGCAACCUACCGAAAAAAAGCGAUGAUGACGCCACCAUAAAUGAGCGUCGAAUCAUAUUCACGGCAUUGAAAACGACAUCGAAUAUCAGCAAAUUGAUUGGCAGCAUAAUCCACAGUUCAACCAUUUUCCAUCCAGUACAAUUGUCGUGGAUCCCAAAGAAGAACAAUAGUUCGGACAAACGACAAGCACCAAUCACAUUCCAACCAGAUGGGCAUAACGAUGCAAAGCGCAAGAAGAUCUUUAUGGAUUGCCCAAAUGAAGACACCAUUGAUGCUCUUGGAUUACCGAAUGAUGAAAACCCAUGGCAAGAAGAGAAGUCAGCCCUCCAAAUUCAAAUCGAUGACUUGCGAACAAAAUUGAUCGGGCUAGCGAAUCACAACGAAGAUUUGCAGGAAGAAAUCAACAAUUUGAAAACUGAAGUCGACAAUUUGAAAACUGAAGUCGACAAUUUGAAAACUCAAGGAAAAAAAUGUACUUGCGGAGCUAUGAAUGGCACUUUGUAAUUAUCUAAGUAGCUGGACGCUACUGCAUCCGGUGUGUUUACUAUUUAACACAUUAUUAUAUCUUUUUUCAUUAUUCUUUGAAUAACUAUUAAUUAAUUUAUUCAUAUGAAGACAGCAAUUAAAAUUUAUGCUAUGGCUUAGACAGCCAUAAACUUUAUUAAAGUAAAGCAGAAAGAAAUGAUUUUUUCUCUCUUUCUUCUAUGAUUUAUCCUUUUCAAUAAUUUUAAUUACAAUUAAAGAAUAGAUUUCAACUUAAUAUCAUUUUGUUAGCCUACUGACGGGAUGCAAAAUCAUAUUUCCCUUUCACAAAAUACUAAAUAAACAACAAUAUAUACA